AUGGAAGAAGAGGCUGGAGAGGAUGGGGCACACAAUGAAGGAGGAAGUUCAGGCGGCCUUGAAGAGGAAGGCGGCUGGGAUGACGAUGGCCAAAGGAGGCCGCGGCGCUCAGCUUUCACUCAGUCUGGGGAACUCGAUGAUGAUGAGAUUGAGGAAGUCUUGGAGAUGUUCAGCUUCGAUGAGCUGAAGCACCGCAAGGCAGUCUAUGUAGAGGCUGUGAAAAGGAAAGAGGCCACAGAAAGAGAGGGUGCUGGAAAUGAGAGUGAAGCUGACGAGAUGCAGAGGGCUCGGAGCCAGCGUGGCAGGCCAGGACGGGUUUUGUCCAGUGCUGAGAAGCGGAAGAGGUCGUUAGCAGCAGAGCAGCAGAUUCUAAAGCUCUUCCAACGGAUGACCAACAAAUACGGCGUCACAGCAUGGGUUUUUGGGUAUACAACCAGCAUUGGGAAGCCGCGCAUAGGGGCUGCGGAGAGUGUGCAGCCCUGGUGGGUCCUAGGGAAAGUGUAUGAGGUGAAUGCAAUCAGAGCACAUGUUGCGGGCCGCGGGGACCUACAACAGGAGAUCAACCGCUUGGAGGGGAGCGCACUAGAUGAGCUGCUCCAAAAGCUCAACGGGCCGCAGCUCCACUCGCUGGCAGCGUUUUGGUUUCCAAAAUGCAGUCCUUCUAUCCGGAAGUUCCCCCUAAGCGGAGAGAAGGGCAGUCCUCCCUGGUGGCCAGCAGAAUCACGCCCCGAGUCCGCGCGUGUCCGGGCCAUUGUACAUAGCGUCAUCAACCGGUCGACUGCCCUAUGGCCACCUCAGCAGGAUUCUGCCACCACGGGCGCUGAAGAGGCGGGGUUAAGUGGACCAGAGGGGGGACAGGAGGGAGCCACCAACGCCGACCCUCAUGAAGCUGUGGGCACCGAAGGUGUCCAGGGCCGUCGGAAGCGGCGACGACGGUGCGAUAUCACCGAGUACCCGUUCAAGUGCACGGCAGCUGGCUGUGAGGGGCAUCGUGGGUUCGUUUCCGCUGGGGGAUUGGCGAACCACCGCCGAGCCAAUCACCCCGGUGCUUCUCGGGGUGCCACUGAGGGGACAACUGCUGGUGGCGGCUUGGGCGGAGCGGAGGAUGCUGCGGCGUCUGCUGAAGGGGGACAGCCACCCGUAGAAGAAGAUCCACAAGCUCGACCAUCCUUCGGAGAGGCGCGCAGCGACAAUGAAGGUGGUCCAAGAACCGAGAGUGCAGGUCACAAUCAGCCCGCCAACGAAAGCGGCGGGGGCCGCGCGUCCCGGUCUGACGACCCCGCGACGGUCCACUUCGCGGCUACCGAAGGGGAUCCUAGAAGAGCUAGUUCUCCGUCGGACCCCCCGCCGACGCUGUACAGACGGAGGAGGAAGGCUUCUUUCCCAACGUGGAAGACAGUGCGACGAACGGCGGGGACAAGGAAGGGGCCAAGAGAAGUUUGA